UUCUAGUUCUGCUAGUACUCAUGGUUGAGCAGAAUGAGCGAUCGCGGGGAAAAAAUUCGCCACCUCUGCAUAUCACAAUCAGAGAGUGUCGGACAAUACACCCGAGUUCAGAGAAUAAUGGCACGUGGACCCAGCUGUGGCUGAUCACCGAUUACCACGAGAAGGGCUCGCUGUUCGAUUAUCUGAACAGAUCGACCGUGGACACGAACGGUAUGAUCAGGAUGGCCCUGUCGAUCGCCACCGGGCUGGCGCAUCUUCACAUGGAGAUCGUCGGCACGCAGGGGAAACCGGCCAUCGCUCACAGGGAUCUCAAGUCGAAGAAUAUCCUCGUGAAGACGAAUGGUACAUGCGCGAUCGGCGAUCUCGGAUUGGCCGUCAGGCAUGACGUAAUAACAGACACCGUCGAUAUCCAGCUGAAUAAUCGGGUCGGCACUAAGCGGUACAUGGCGCCCGAGGUUCUCGAAGAGACGAUAAACAUGAACCACUUUGAUUCGUUCAAGAGGGCUGACGUGUACGCUCUCGGGCUGAUCCUCUGGGAGAUCGCGAGGCGGUGCAACGUUGGCGGAAUUCACGACGAAUAUCAGCUGCCGUUUUACGACCUGGUGCCUUCUGAUCCGACGAUCGAGGAGAUGCGUAAAGUUGUGUGCACCGACAGACAGAGGCCAUCGAUACCAAAUCGGUGGCAGUCGAUCGAGGCAUUGCAAGUGAUGUCGAAGGUCAUGAAGGAGUGUUGGUAUCACAACGCGGCAGCUAGACUAACCGCGCUUAGGAUUAAAAAAUCUCUCGCGAAUUACGGCGCGAUGGAGGACUUGAAG